AUGUGAGCCGGAGACGCGCAGAGGGGGAGUCUGCGAAAAACACACGGGAGCAGCGAACCAGAGGCUCUGCGCAGCUGCGUAACUUUCCAAACAACAGUCGUUUGGGCUUUUUUUUUUUUUUUCUUCGCAUAUUACCUUUUUGAAUUGAUCUGUGCAGCCAUGACCACAGCUGUGGUUUCUCCCUUCUUCGACUUCGAAGUAAUGAACAAGAACAACAAGCUGAUGAGCUACAACAACAACCUGAGUCUCCCCCACCCCAUGUCUGUCCCUUGCACUGGCACCAACGUGCCCCUCUCCAGUCCCACCGGGGUCCUGCUGGACAGGAAGGCGGUGGGAUCUCCCUCGGUGGGAAGCGUGUACCAGCGGCGGCACUCUGUCAGCAGCACAAAGUUCAACCAGAACCAGUUUCUGAACAGCCUGAAGGCAGCGGACCACUCCUCGCUCAUCUCAGGGGUUGGCAACGCCAGCAGCAACAAGGAGAACCGCCUGCGAGACCGCUCCUUCUCAGAGACGGGGGAAAGGCUCAUCAACAAGUGCCCUGCCAGCCCCACCUGCGGGGGCAGCCAGGUCAACUCCAGCCGUUACAAGACAGAGCUCUGCAGGCCCUUCGAGGAGAACGGCUCCUGCAAGUACGGUGACAAAUGCCAGUUUGCCCACGGCAUCCACGAACUCCGCAGCCUGAGCCGCCAUCCCAAAUACAAGACAGAGCUCUGCCGCACCUUUCACACCAUCGGGUUCUGCCCCUACGGGCCUCGCUGCCAUUUCAUCCACAAUGCAGAGGAGCGCCGUGGACCCCCACAGCAGUCCUCCCCCCUAAACUCUUCCAACAAGAUGGAAAGGCCUCGCCUGCAGCACAGCUACAGCUUCGCCGGUUUCUCCAGCUCAGCCGGCCUGCGGGACAGCCCCACCUCCGUCACCCCGCCGCCCAUCUUCUUCCCCGAUGAGGUCCCAGACUGGCCCAGCAGCAACCCCUUCACCUAUUCCAGCCAGGAGCUGGCCAGCCUGUUUGGACCCAGCCUCAGCACCGGUGCUGUGGAGUCCAACACCCCUGCUCCUCCUUCCCCCACAAGCAGAUCCUUCUUCAUCAGAUCCAUGUCCCCUCAGAUGUUCGAGUCUCCAUCCAGCCCCCCAGACUCCCUGUCAGACCAGGAAGGCUAUCAGAGCAGCUCCGGGGGGAGCCUGAGCGGCUCGGAGUCCCCAACCCUCGACACCACACGCCGCCUUCCCAUCUUCAGCCGCCUCUCCAUCUCUGAUGACUAGACCCCCCCCCCCCCCCCCCCUACACCUGGCAAGUCGCCUUUAUCGCAGAAAACAUGGCACUCCCCUCUACCUCUGCCCCCUCCCCAUGAAGCUUCUCUGGCCUGCUUUACUCAAACUCUGGGUAAUCAUUUAAGGGAACUUUCUUAACUCCAGUUGUCAUUUCACCCCCCCCCCCCCAAUUCCUUUAUUCUGCACAUCAGCCCUCACAGAUGAUGCGGCCGGCGUGUCGUGGUGCCAAACCCGGAGAGAGAGCCGAACAAUGAAAAUCAUGAACAACCGUUGACUGUUUUCCCAGGUGCCACUUGUCCCUUCUUUUUUCUGUUGUGUGCCCCCCCCCCACCAAUUCUUGAAUGUGUAGCAGCACAAGUGGCCUUGGGAAGGGGGGGGUGCAUUGCACCAGACCCCCCCCCCCCCUCCUCCUUUACCCACCCUCAAAUCCUGAGCUAGCUAGUUGGUGCUCACUAAUGUAGCUCUACGGCAGACGUUUUUACAGACUGAGCUGAGAUAUAUAAUAAAAAACAAAAAAAAAAAAUAACAGACCCUGAAAAUAUAUGAAUAGGUUUUAAAAAAAAAAAAUAGUUAAAAAGUGCCUGGGGCGGUUUUCUGCAUGUUUAGGGUGAAUGGACUACUGCUUUUUUUUUUUUUUCUUUCCCUCACUUGCCCCUCCUCUUCCUUUAAAGCCCUUAUGUAAUUGAACUGGCUGAGUACAAGAAGGACUUUAAACUGGAGGUUGGUUGUGCCCCCCACCCCCAUGUUGCUGGUCACUGGCUUUUUCUCUUACUUGGGAAGGAAGUCUUCAUCAACCCUAAACAUUCAACCUUCUCCACAUUCGCCUUCGAUCCGGGAAGUUCAGCAUUCCCAUGAUGCCGUUUGCAUCCAAAAGUGUCGACAAGAUCGGAUCUCCAAGCUAUUUUACUUUACCCCCCCUCGCUCAGAGGAGCUCUCUGUAUUCAUUACAUCCCUUUUGCUUUCAUUAUUUUCUAAUUAUUUUUUAUUAAGGUUAUUAUUUGAAAAAAAAAAAAAACUUUCCAGACAGAAGGUUUGUGUGUCACUGCUUAUUUAACUUAUCAGAACAUAUUUAUUGGUGAUCAUAUGCAUUUUUUUUGUUAAUUUUUGUUUUUUGUAUUUAUCUGGAUAAUGAACAAUAGAAUAUAUUUUCUUUUAUGUUAAAUUAUGAUCUUCCAUAAUAAUCUAAAGAUUGUGAAGACGGUUUUUUGUCAGCUUUCUUUUUUUUUUCUCUUUUUUUCACAGUUUAAUAUAUUGUACUUCAAUGACUUGUUCUGCAACUACACUUUUGUCAAAUGAAACUAUUUAAAGAUGGAAAAAAAGUGGUUUUGCGUUUCUUUUUAAUAUUUAUUGUACUUUAUUUUUCUUUACUCCUCAUCGGACUGCAAUUCCACCUUUUUUGUUUUUUUUAUUAGAUUUGCUCGAUCGAUUCCCAUGACCUUAAAGUGAUCCGAUAGCGACAGUUGCUCACUGUUAUGACGUUAAUUUAACCAAGUUCCCCGUUUGGAGGUUGUUUUUGUUUUGUUUUAAGGGGUGCCAAAUUAAGAAAAAGAAAUCCAGUGGUUUGAGGACAGUCCAGUGAGUUGGAGGACUGGUUAUGUUCAGAUGUUAGUCCGUUAUUACAAGCAAUAGCUUUGACCAAAUGGGUUGAGGAAAGUAUAAAUUUUCUUUUAAUUUGAUUGGAUGCUUGAUGCGCUUGCUUGCCCCCCCCCCCCCAUGUGCCUCUUAACCAGUGGAAGUGCCUCAUCGAAUACAUUCCAGGUAGCUAAGGCACUUUUGCCUUUUUAUAUUGAUAAUGGAGGACAGUUUUUAUGUCGCUUGUUCCUUGUUGCCCUCUGUGGUUUUUUUGGAGGAGGUGAACAGUCUGACACAAAGAAAGUAAAACUGUUGAAUGUAUUUUUUUUGUUUUGUUCCAGCCAUGUGUUUUCACUACAGUAAUUUCUUAUGGAAAACCUUUUUUUUUUUUCUUUUGUAAGUAUUGAUUGCAGUUAAGUCAAUAAACCCCGUAUUUUUGAAAAAGUUAAA